UGUUCCUGCCCACCGUCCCGCGUGGCCAGGACUUGAAAGAGAAGUAGAGGUGGGAGGGAGUAAUGAUGCAAAAGUCACCUAAAGUUUGGGUCGGUCAUAGGCGUUUACAGCUAAGGCAAACAAACUGCAAAAGUUGCAACUAAGAGGUCCGGUAUUUGCUCCCAAUCCCAAGGGAAGAAGUGCCACAGCGACAGAACUUUUCGCUGACUUCGGAAAGAGCUAAAGGAAAACAUGGAACUCAUUUCUCCAACAGUAAUUCUAGCCCUAGGUUGUAUUGCUCUUUUGUUAUUCCUUCAGUGGAAGAACUUGCGUGGACCCCCGUGCAUAGGAGGCUGGAUUCCUUGGAUUGGAGCUGGAUUUGAGUUCGGGAAAGCCCCUCUAGAAUUUAUAGAGAAAGCAAGAGUAAAGUAUGGACCAAUAUUUACAGUCUUUGCACUGGGCACUCGAAUGACCUUUAUUACUGAAGAAGAGGGAAUGAAUGUGUUUUUAAAAUCCAAAGAAGUAAAUUUUGAACUAGCAGUACAAAAUCCCGUCUAUCGUACAGCAUCAAUUCCAAAGAACAUCUUUUUCACACUACAUGAAAAACUUUAUAUCAUGAUGAAAGGGAAAAUGGGCACUUUCAACCUAGAGCAAAUCUCUGGAAAGUUGACAGAAGAAUUACAUGGACAGUUGGAGAAUCUGGGUACUCAUGGGACAAUGGAGUUGAACCACUUAGUAAGGCAUCUACUUUAUCCAGUCACAGUGAAUACACUCUUUAAAAAAGGUUUGUUUCCCACAAAUGAAAGGAAAAUCAAGGAGUUCCAUAGGCAUUUUCAAACUUAUGAUGAAGGUUUUGAGUAUGGAUCCCAGGUUCCAGAAUAUCUACUAAGAAACUGGUCAGAGUCCAAAAAGUGGUUUCUAACAUUUCUUAAGAAAAACAUUCCAGAUGUUAAAGUUUCGAAAUCAACAAAAGAUAAUUCCAUGACAUUAUUUCAGGCUGUGCUGGAUAUGGUGGAGAUGGAAACAGAUGAACAAAACUGUCCCAAUUAUGGGCUCUUACUACUUUGGGCUUCUCUGUCCAAUGCUGUCCCUGUUGCAUUUUGGACACUUGCAUUUGUUCUCUCUCAUCCCACUAUCUACAAGACCAUUAUGGAAGGCUUAUCUUCUGUGUUUGGCAAAGCAGGUAAAGAGAAGAUUGAAGUAUCUGAAGAUGAUUUGAAGAAACUCCUUCUGAUUAAAUGGUGUAUUUUGGAAACCAUUCGUUUAAGAGCCCCUGGUGUCAUUACUAGAAAAGUGUUAACACCGGUUAAAAUUUUGGAUUAUACUGUACCUUCUGGUGAUUUGCUGAUGUUGUCUCCAUUUUGGCUACAUAGAAAUCCAAAGUAUUUUCCUGAACCAGAAACAUUCAAACCUGAACGUUGGAAAAAGGCAAAUUUAGAGAAGCAUGCUUUCUUGGACUGCUUCAUGGCAUUUGGAAGUGGGAAGUACCAGUGUCCUGGAAGGUGGUUUGCUCUGUUAGAGAUUCAAAUAUUUGUUAUUUUAAUAUUUUAUAAAUAUGAUUGUAGACUUCUAGACCCAUUGCCAAAACAGAGUUCUCUCCACUUGGUGGGAGUACAGCAGCCAGAAGGAACAUGCCGGAUUGAAUUUAAAAAGAGAAAAUGAUGUCUACAGGGCCUAUGAGGGCCAUGGCUUCUGGAGAACCAAGUGCUCUCCAUCUGCUAGUUGGGCACCCACCACUCAACACCUCAACCAGAGUGAGCUCCCCUGAAUAUGUUGCUUAACUUUGUUUUAAGAUUUAGUUCAAGAAAAUGUCCAGAUGGUACAUAUGUAUUUGGUAUCUCAAGAGUAGAACAACAAUCCAACAUCACUUUCAGUGACAUAAAGACCCAAAGAUGGUCUCUGCCUGGUGGUGCAGUGGGUUAAAGCACCGCAUUAUGAAGCUCUCCAAAGCCCCUGUAGCACGAAUUCGAUCA